GAAUUAAGUGAUCUGCAGCGCGAUCCUCCUGCUCACUGCUCAGCUGGACCUGUGGGAGAUGACUUGUUCCACUGGCAAGCAACUAUUAUGGGGCCUCCUGAUAGCGCGUAUCAAGGCGGAGUCUUCUUUCUCACUGUACACUUUCCGACAGACUAUCCUUUUAAGCCACCAAAGAUUGCUUUCACAACAAAAAUUUACCAUCCAAAUAUAAACAGUAACGGGAGUAUUUGUCUUGAUAUCCUGAGGUCGCAGUGGUCACCAGCUUUGACUGUAUCGAAAGUUUUAUUGUCCAUAUGCUCUCUACUUUGUGAUCCUAAUCCAGAUGACCCCUUAGUACCAGAUAUUGCACAAAUCUAUAAAUCAGACAAAGAAAAAUACAACAGACAUGCAAGAGAAUGGACUCAGAAAUAUGCAAUGUAAAAUCAAAAAAACCUUUCCUAUAUAACAGAGUACUGUAAAAUCUAGAUUUUUUUCAACCUUAGCAGUAAAUUGAGCACUAUUUACUGUUUCAUUGUAUCAUGAAACCCUUUGGUUUUUACCCAUUUUAAAUGUAUUUCUGAAGCAAGACGAAAACUUCCAAAAAUACCCUUCAGACUGUGAUGAGAGCAUUUAUCGUUUUGUAUGUAUCAAGGAGGACAUUUAUCGUGGUUUUUAAGGGACUUGGACACAUGCGUCUUCAGCUUACAAGAUCUACAGUGCAGCUGAAAAGCAACCAAAUUAUUUUUUGCUGAAACUAGAUGUUUUUACAUAAGAAAUACUGUAUGUGUUGUCUGAGAAGUCGUCACUUUUAUAAAUCUGUAUUCAGAUUUCAUUCUUUGUUAGCUCACUUUAUAAUUUGUAUUUUUUUACUGUAUAGACUAAAUAUAUUCUAUUUACGUGUAUGUCAACUCAUUAUGUUUUUCCUGUGAACAGUAUUGAAAACCCCAAACCGCUGAUAAUUAAAUGAAUUAACUGUGUCUCCCUUGUCUUAGGAUAUUCUGUAGAUUGAUUGCAGAUUUCUUAAACCUGAAAUGAACUUUACACUGUAAUUCUCAGUAUACUGAUUAUGGAGAAACACUUGUUUUGAUUUUUGUUAUACUUGACUUAAAUUUAUUAAAAUGUGAAUUAAUUGCACUGCUAAGUAGGAAGAUAUGUAACUUUUAUUUGUUGCUAUUCACAUUUGAAUUUUUCUCUGUAUAGGCAAUAUUAUAUUGACACCUUUUACAGAUCUUACAGUAGCUUUUUCCAUAUAAAUAAAAUGCUUUUUCUACUA